CGAGUACAGAUCAGAAGCAGUAGUGAGCAACCACUGACAAAGUCUGAUCAACCAUGGCCAUCCCCAAGGCUCUGCUCUUUGCCAUCCUCAGCUGCCUCUGCCUCUGCAGCGCUGUUCUAGCAGCUCGCGAGCAGAGCGACCACGCAGCCAUGGUGGCGAGGCACGAGAGGUGGAUGGAACAGUAUGGGCGGGUGUACAAGGAUGCUACUGAGAAGGCACGUCGAUUUGAGAUAUUCAAAGCCAACGUCGCAUUCAUCGAGUCGUUCAAUGCAGGCAACCACAAGUUUUGGCUCGGCGUUAACCAGUUCGCUGACCUCACCAACUAUGAGUUCCGGGCGACGAAGACCAACAAGGGAUUCAUUCCUAGCACGGUUAGGGUUCCUACCACAUUCAGGUAUGAGAAUGUUAGCAUUGACACGCUUCCAGCAACCGUGGACUGGAGAACCAAGGGCGCUGUCACACCCAUCAAGGACCAAGGCCAGUGUGGUUGUUGCUGGGCAUUUUCGGCCGUGGCAGCCAUGGAGGGUAUUGUCAAGUUGAGCACGGGCAAGCUUAUCUCCCUCUCUGAGCAAGAGCUUGUUGACUGCGAUGUUCAUGGCGAGGAUCAGGGCUGCGAGGGAGGGCUCAUGGAUGAUGCCUUCAAAUUCAUCAUCAAGAAUGGUGGCCUCACCACUGAGUCUAAGUACCCAUACACAGCGGCAGACGGCAAGUGCAAUGGUGGAUCCAACAGCGCCGCAACAAUCAAGGGCUACGAGGAUGUGCCAGCUAACAAUGAGGCCGCACUCAUGAAGGCCGUGGCAAACCAACCUGUUUCUGUUGCCGUGGAUGGAGGCGACAUGACAUUCCAGUUCUACUCUGGUGGCGUGAUGACCGGCUCAUGCGGCACUGACUUAGACCAUGGGAUUGUAGCCAUUGGCUAUGGCAAGGACGGUGAUGGCACACAAUAUUGGUUGCUGAAGAACUCCUGGGGCACAACAUGGGGUGAGAAUGGCUUCCUGAGAAUGGAGAAAGACAUUUCCGACAAGAGGGGCAUGUGUGGGCUUGCCAUGGAGCCUUCAUACCCAACUGCGUAAUUUCAAUAUGUGUAUUCUAAUGCCACAUAUGUAUGUACGUAGUAAAUAAUUAUAUGUAUCAUGCAUGUUCAAUGCAUAAUUGCAUAUAUCAGUUUAUGCUA